AUGUCUCCCUCAACCCCGACCCAACAAUCCGAACUACGCCCGAAAGUCUUGAACUUCAUCACGGGCAACGCCAACAAACUAGCCGAAGUGCGCGCGAUCCUCGGCGACGUCCCCGGUCUGGUCCUGCAGAGCCGCAAUGUCGAGGGCGCCGAGAUCCAGGGAUCCAUUGAGGAGGUCGCGAAGGAUAAGGCCAGCAGAGCCGCGAGGGCGGUAAACGGUCCAGUCCUUACCGAAGACACAGCCCUAGAGUUUCAAGCCCUUAAGGGAUUGCCAGGCCCUUAUAUUAAGUACUUCCUCCAGGCCCUCGGUCACGAAGGCCUCAACAAGAUGCUCGCCGCAUACGAAGACAAAACUGCCUUCGCCGUCUGCACAUUCGCAUACUGCGCAGGUCCCGGCCAUGAGCCGAUUCUGUUCCAGGGGCGAUGUAAGGGAAAGAUCGUGCCGGCCAGAGGACCACCUGUCUUUGGCUGGGAUGCCGUCUUCGAGUUUGAAGAUGGCCAGACAUAUGCUGAAAUGGAGAAGGAGAAGAAGAAUCUGAUCUCGCAUCGAGGCAAGGCUCUAGCAAAGCUGAAAACCUGGCUUGCUGGGGGCGAGCUGGAGCCGUAG